AUGGAAAGAAAUUUAGAAGAAUGUCGUACCACAGCACUGAAGUUUGUUCCUUUGGAUUUGGAUUUGUCUCCAACCGAAGCAGUGAAGUUUGAAGUCAUUCGGAUGUCGACAAAAGAAAAACUAGGUACACACACAAUUUUGUACGUUAAUGAUGACCCUGUCAAUGGAUUUGCGAUCAUGCAUCAACAAACUCACAUAGACACAUACCUAAUUACAACAAGAACCAAGAAUCCAAAAAACCUAGAUGACAAAAUCAGUGCUGCCCUUUCAGGUCUUAACCUGGAUUCUCAGUCCUUCAAAAAGAAAUCAACAAACUAUGGCUGUGAGACCAAAACGGAGAAGGGGUUUGAAAUUUGA